AUGACGCUCAUGCCGGGACUAGACCUCAUGGACACGAAAUUCUGGAGCUUAGAGGAUGAAACCAAGGAGAUCAUACGACAUGCAUUUGUAGCUUUGUUAAAAGACAUAUGGCGACUGGACAUUGCACCAUACGACUGCGCCCUGCGUAACAUUCUCUGGGAGCCUCAAUCGAAGCAUUGCUCCAUUGUCGACUUCGAGCACUACCACCAAGCCAAGGAUCCGAUCAACAUGCAUGAGACGGAAGAAAUGCAGCGCUGGGGUAUUGUGCAGAGACCGCCUCCAUCACAUUGUAAGUACUAG